CACGAAGAUUAAUACACAUCUGAAUGCGCUCGAAACAAUUUUCGAAGCACUUAUUCCACUCGUUCGCUGGCAGAUCUAAAACGGCAUUUUUGAAUGCGUCAACUGCUUCUUCUGGUGACUGAAACUUUGACCACGCAGUCUGUUUUUAAUUUUCGGGAAAGUAAAGAAAUCGUUAGGACUUAGAUCGGGACUAUAUGGAGGAUGGUUCAAUAAUUCCAUGUUUUCUUCCGUUAAAUACUGCCUUGUUUUUUGGGCUGUGUCUUGGUGGAGGAUGAUUCUUCUUUCGGGGUUGAUUUUUCGAAGCUCGGUGAUGGCUUUUGGCAAACAAAUGGUGGUAUACCAAUCCGCAGUAACAGUUGUUUGCUCAUUAAGAGGAAUUGUUGCAAUAUAAACCGCUUUUGACACAAAUGUCGCGACCAUCUUUUUCGAAACACUUCGAGAACGGAUGACUUUUGUUGGCUUUCUUCACCUUGGAACACCCAAACAGCCGACUGUCGGUUUUUUUUUGGUUCAUAACAAUAAAUCCACGAUGCAUCACCACUAGCAAUGCUGUACACAUUUUUUGAGUUUCCGGAAUUGAAACGGUCAAGCGUUUUUUGACACCAAUUAACCCUGGCUGCUUUCUGCUCUUCAGUCA